AUGGCUUCUGGUUUAUUCCUCACCUCGAUCCGGCCGGCGGUGGCCUGCGCGAGCGCCGUGGACGGCCGCGGCGGGCGGAGGGGCGUCCCCACUUCGCGGGCCAGCGGGAACAGCUGGUGGGCCCCGCUGUUCGGCUGGUCGCCGGAGCCCGACUACAUCGACGCUCCCGUCGCGGGAGCUAAGAAGGGGGCGGCGGCGGAGGGCGACGAGCGGGAGAAGAAGAUGCAGCAGGCGGCGUCGGCCCGGAAGUUCACAGUGUUCACGGAGGAGAAGGCGAAGCAACUGCGGAUCCGGAUGAUGGAAACGGAGGCCUUCCACGACGCCAUGUACCACUCCGCCAUCGCCUCUCGCCUCGCCUCCGACGUUCCUCGCCGGGGAUCCGCUUGA